CCUCCUCAUUUCCGCACACGACUUUUGUCUUUUCUCUCUCACGAUGUCUUUACCAACCAAGCUCCUUCUCUUCACUGCGGCGCUGCUGUCAUCAGCCGCCACCUCAUUCUCCGCCACCCGCUGUCCCAACUGCGGCACCACCCGAGUUCCCUAUCCACUCAGCACGGGCCCCGCAUGCGGUGACCAGUCCUACAAAGUCCGCUGCGACUCUAACAACACUCUUCAGUUUGACACCCUAAAUAAUUCCUACCCGAUCACCUCCAUCAGCCCGUCAAUCCAACGGCUGGUGAUCAAACCCGCGAGUCUCUUACCCAACACGUGCCUCGCAACUGAUCUUCCUCAUCAAGGCAUCCAACUCAACGCGAGCUUGCCCUUCAACAUUACCAGUAGUAACACCAUCAUGUACUUGAACUGUUCCAACACUUUACUCGGCUCACCGUUGAACUGUUCUUCUGCCAGCUUGUGCCACGUGUAUGUCAACGCCACGCGCGACGCUUCUGCGUGUGAUGAGGCGUCGGCUUCGCUGUGUUGUACGUUUAGAGCCGGUGGGUCAACGACGUCAUAUAUGAUUAGACUGAGGGAGGCCGGGUGUAGGGCCUACACGAGUUUCGUGAACUUGGACUCCAAUCAGCCCGUGAAUCGGUGGUCCGAACCGGGUGUGGAGAUCCAAUGGGUUUCGCCGAGAGAGCCUAUGUGUGGGUCCCAAGCUGACUGUGAUGGGAACUCCACCUGUGGGGCUGAUCCACGCGUCAGUGGGAUCAGGAGAUGCUUCUGUACGGCAGGGCUUACGUGGGAUCCAAUUCAAGGCAUUUGUACUAAAAUUAUUACGUGUCAAGAUCCUAAAGGUUGUGGAGGAACAAGUAGAACUGCGCUCAUAGCAGGUUUAACUUGUGGAAUUGGUGUAUCACUCAUUGUUGCCGCCAUAGCAUUUUUACUGUACAAACGCCACAAACGGAUCAAGGAAGCACAAGAACGCCUGGCCAGAGAGCGAGAAGAGAUCCUUAACUCAGGCAGUGGAGGCAAAGCGGCAAAGAUCUUCUCUGGCAAAGAAAUAAAGAAAGCUACAAACAACUUCUCCAAAGACCGCGUCUUAGGAGCCGGCGGCUACGGUGAAGUCUAUAAAGGCAUUCUUAAAGAUGGAACUGAAGUUGCUGUCAAAUGCGCUAAGGUCGGAAACAUUAAGGGCACUGAUCAAGUCCUCAAUGAGGUCAGAAUUUUAUGCCAGGUUAACCAUAGAAGCCUUGUGGGAUUGCUCGGUUGUUGCAUUGAGCUAGAGCAGCCAAUCAUGGUUUACGAGUACGUUCCAAAUGGAGCUCUUCUUGAGCAUUUACAAGGCAAGAUUAAACCUGGAGGCCAUGGCCAACUUACUUGGAUGCGGCGUCUGCAGAUUGCUCAUGACACUGCUGAGGGUCUUGCAUACCUUCAUUUUUCAGCAAUUCCUCCAAUCUAUCACCGUGAUGUGAAGUCUAGCAACAUUCUUCUUGAUGAGAAGUUGACUGCAAAGGUUGCGGAUUUCGGGCUGUCGAGAUUAGCUCACACUGAUAUGAGUCACAUUUCUACAUGUGCUCAAGGGACUCUUGGGUAUCUUGACCCUGAGUAUUACAAGAAUUAUCAGUUAACUGAUAAGAGUGAUGUUUAUAGUUUUGGGGUUGUGUUAUUAGAACUCCUGACGGCUCAAAAAGCUAUAGAUUUUACCAGGGCUGAAGAUGAAGUGAACCUGGCAGUUUAUGUGCAGAGAAUGUUGGAGGAAGAGAAAUUAAUGGAGACAAUUGAUCCUGUGUUAAGAGAGAAAGCAAGCAAUAUAGAGUUGGAGACAAUGAAGGCAUUGGCAUUCUUGGCAGUGGGUUGCUUGGAAGAACGAAGACAAAAUAGGCCUUCCAUGAAAGAAGUAGCUGAAGAAAUUGAAUACAUUAUCAACAUUGCAACAGCAGAGACUACACAGAAAUAGUUUUUUUUUUCAGGAAUUCUAGAAUUAAUCUAUGUUCAUAUUCAUGUAUGGAAACAUGUAUAGUGUUACAAAUGCUUUGCAUUAGUAAGACAAUUCAAUGGAAAUAAUGUCAUCAAAAUUCCAUAUUUUUAA